CGCGAUUGUCGUGUUUCAGCCCCAGCCCCAGAUCCCCCACAACAGCGACCCUCUUCGGCUGUUCCCACGGGCCUUUUGCAGUCCCUCUCCUGAUGCUCAGGCACCAGAGCCUAUCUGCGGGUCCGCGAUGGCGUCCAGGCACGGCCGUCCUAUCACGAGAUUAGCCGACGGCUUCCGAUUACGGAACCGGAACUCCACGGGCGCCCAGAGCCCAUCCCACUGCCGCCUCCAAUGGGUGAACGCUCUCCCCGGCCCCUGGCAUCGAUCGGGCCGCCUCUUGGACGACGAUGGGCAGUGGAAGCCUCAGGAAUCGAGGCACCAGCAACUAGACACCCCGUCCAUGUUGCCAGCUGGGAUACCUUCGGGUACACGGCGAAGUGCAAUCAUUCCUGGCAGAGUGAGCACGGAGCAGAGACCAACUCCGCAGGCCUGUUGUGGUUUCAAUCCGUCAAAUCCUCCCAGGCCCUCGAGCGACCGUCAAAGCGGCAAGCGCAGAGACUUUUGCCCCUGCGGCCAACAUGUGGCAGACGACAAAAGUCUGCUCAUACGAACCGGACGGAUAGCGUCAGCAUCGACACGGCGGCAGAGAGCGCACCCAAAACCGGAGCAGGGCCGGCCCAGGGUCUGCUUGCCAUGCACUGCUCCUUGACUGCCAUUGGCCGCCAGCACCCACUGGCUGAUGCCACUCAUGCUUGGCGACAGCAACCCCAACGCACAACUUCCCCAGAUCUGCAGCUCGCGCAAACACUACGACAGGCGGACGGUUGCACCCGUGGCGAUGCCUGCAUGGCCGCCCCUGCUGGCCAAGUGUGUGCCAGGCGGGGUUUGAUCCUGCUCCAAAAAGAACAGACGCUGGGCCAUCGUGCGUCUAUUUAGCCAUGCCGCCCUCCCGCCAGCCCGCGUCCUUCGUCGUCGACAGCACGGGACCGCCGUCACUCCUCGCACCAUGUCCAGCAAGACGUCAGUCACCACACCAGCCAUGGCCGACGCAACCGCUCUCACUACGGGCCCCUCGCCCGCCAUGACCAUCCGGCAGCGGCUACAGCUCUUCACCUGGCCGGUGGGCUUCCUGGCGAUCCUGACCAGCGUUGCCAUGUUCAACUGGGGCUACGACACGCUCGUCUUCAGCGGCGUCGUCGCCAUGAAACACUUCAAUAUAAAGUUCGGCCAGUGCCACACAUCACUCACCACGGGCCUGCCCGUCUGCGAGAUCCCAGGCAGCACCGUCUCCAUCAUGAACGCGGCCCCUUUCGCC